AUGCGUGACCUUCUGCGCAUGCGAGGUCACAUUUGCGACCCAUUAGUGAAGGUCUUUAAUGGUCUGUUUCUUUUUUCUUUAUUUCUAGGAAAUUCCACUUACUUAGAUGAUCAUGGACCAGCUCCUCGUAAGGUCCUUCCAUUCCCAAGCCAGGUGGUAUACAACAGAGUUGGAAAAUGUGGGAGUCGGACUGUGGUUUUGCUGUUAAGAAUUCUGUCCGAGAGGCAUGGGUUCAAUUUAGUUACAUCGGAUAUUCAUAAUAAAACUAGGCUUACCAAGAAUGAACAGAUGGAAUUGAUUAAAAACAUAAGCAUUGCAGAGCAGCCCUAUUUAUUCACUAGACACGUUCAUUUCCUUAAUUUCUCAAGAUUUGGAGGAGACCAACCAGUAUACAUCAAUAUUAUUAGAGAUCCUAUCAAUCGAUUUUUAUCUAACUAUUUUUUUCGCCGUUUUGGAGACUGGAGAGGGGAGCAGAACCAUAUGAUCCGUACUCCAAAUAUGAGGCAAGAGGAGAGAUACUUAGAUAUUAAUGUUUGUAUUCUUGAGAAUUAUCCUGAAUGUUCCAAUCCCAGGUUAUUUUAUAUUAUUCCAUAUUUCUGUGGACAGCAUCCAAAAUGCAGGGAGCCUGGUGAAUGGGCCCUCGAAAGAGCAAAAAUGAAUGUGAAUGAAAAUUUCCUCCUUGUGGGCAUUCUGGAAGAAUUGGAGGAUGUGCUGCUUUUAUUAGAAAGAUUUUUACCUCAUUAUUUCAAGGAUGUACUCAGCAUCUACAAAAACCCAGAGCAUAGGAAGCUUGGCAACCUAACUGUGACAGUGAAAAAAACCGUCCCUUCAACAGAAUCCAUCCAGAUCUUGUACCAGCGCAUGAGAUAUGAAUAUGAAUUCUACUACUAUGUCAAAGAGCAGUUCCACCUGCUAAAACGCAAGUUUGGAUUAAGAUCCUCAAAUGGUAACUCUUCUCCUAGGCCAGAAUUUGCCAUUCCUUCUCCUCUAGAAACUGAAGAGCCAGUAACAGAAGAUGAGGAGCAAGACGAUGAAAAGUGGUUAGAAGAUAUUUAUAAAAGGUGAUGCAAGAUGGAUUCCAAAUUGUUAAAAAAUGCUAAUAACAAUCUGAAGAAAGUGAGUUAAUACAAAGCAGCAUUUGAAAAGACACUACUCUUAGAUUGAACUCAGAAACCCCUUUCUGAAAAGGUGUAUUUGUUGAAAUAUUUUUGUUUGUUUCCUGGGCUCCACAGCAUUAUUGUAGUUAGAAUAUACUUUUAAAUAUAUCAUCUCUUGUUUAAUUAGAAAUAACAUUGAUGUUGUAAACUAUUUUUGUAUAUGGUACUUUACAAGAUGAUAUCACCUUGUUGGUCAUUUGCAAUUUUCACAAAACUAGCUUGCCUGAUGUAGCAUUUAAUUUAAUAUAUUAGAGUUUUAUUUGAGCACAUUGAAAUAAUAGCAUGAUAUAAGAGAUUUGUCAUUGCCUGAAUAAGGAAUGCUGUUGUUCUGAAAUAACAAAACUAUCCAUUGCUACUAAUACCAUUUGAAAAGAGACAACCAGGCUGUUAACAACAGUAAAAAUAGGAAUAUAGAGAAGCCUAGUUAAUGACUAGCAUGCUCUAGAUGUGUUUGACUACAACUUCAGUGAUUCCCAAUUAGAUCUGUGUUGCCAGUAACUGGCUGGCAGCAAGGAGAGUUGUAGAGUGUUGGGAAUUUGAGAAGGUGGGUAUCAUUAAAUAUCAGUACAGUGCUGAGGUUGAGUAAAACCGAAAAGGAUAACAUUAAUGGAAUUUAAACUUAGACUGCAGAAGAAAAUAUGAGAUAUUCUUUUUUUAUUUUAAAGGAGAUUCCUUUUUCCAUAGUAGUUUUGACAAUAAGCAAAUAUCCAUAAAAGAAGGGGAACAAGAACUUUAUGGGAUGUUACAUUUCUGUAACAUUGUAAAUAUUGAUAAAAUUAAUUGGUUCUAAUUUCAAGACAUUAUUUCUGAAGGUGGAAAUUUAUAAUUGCCUCAACUACUCUGAAAAUCUGAUACUUUCUGACAAAUAAGACUGAAGAUGAAUAUGCUGUGAUCCCAUCAGAUGUCUUCAGUUCUUUUUCUCUCUCAAAGAAGUCAAAGUUUAACUCUUGCAUAUAGAUAAGCAGCAGAUACUCUUAACAGCAUCUUCAAAUAGUACUCUGACUGCAAUAGUCAACAUUUAUGACUGAUAAUCAAAAAUUACCACUUGAAAGAACAAAGUUGUAAGAGUUGGGUGCGUAUUCUGUUUAUUGGUGCGUAUUGGGUGCGUAUUCUGUUUAUUGUUUUGGUGUAUAUUAGUCAACUCCCAUUUAACAAAUUCCCUUUUCAGAGCCGAUGGAUAUCUGUUGCAUUCUGUUUUUUUACAAUGCUACUAGCAGGAUUUGAACACACAAAUUAUGUUGUGGCUACACACUUACAUGAUUGAAAAAUCUCACUAGGUGGUUCCAGUGCACUACUCUGAAGGAACACACUGGGAACUCAAAACAAUAAUUAACCAAAAUGCUGCAUUGUAUAUUAAGUGGUUUCUAUGAAAUUACAUUUAAAGAGUAAUGAUUAGUUUACACACUGUGGAAUUGUUUUCUUUUGGGGAGCAAUUUAAUAUUCACAUGCUGGAAUGUUUUGUUUUUUUUAAAGUUAAAAUUUGUGUGUGCUACAAGAAUCCUGGGUUACUUAACAUGUUUGCUUUCUCUGCAAUUUCACUAGAAUCUAUUUUUUAUCAUGCUAUUUAAUAUUAUUCUUUGCCACAAAUACUUUGAAAUGUUAAAAGCAAGAGCUGCCAGUUGAUUUAUUCGCUAGAUGUUAAUGUUGUAUAUUUUUAUAUAAGCAACUUGACUUCUAUUCUAUUUCCAGAAAGGUACUUCAUAAAUUUAUUUGGCACAUAAGCUUUUAAUAUUUCUGAAAGAACAGGCCAUAUAUCCGUCAUGAAAAAAUGUACUUUCAAUAAUUUAAAAGCACAUUUUAUGUUCACUCAUUUUUUUUUACUUAUUUAUUGUGACUUUUCAGCACAUUCCAAAUUUUAAGUUGCUCAGGAAAGAAAUUCAUUUGAAUCAUUUUCUUUUCUUUUUUCAAAAAUAGUGAUUGUUGUUAUAGAGCCUUCAGCCCAUGAUAACCUUCUAGAAAGUGCCAUAUUGGUUUGUAAAUCACUGUGAGAGAGAAAGAUGAAUUCUUGGAAUAUGUGAAAAUAAUGAAGAGAAUAUAUGUACAUUAGGUUGGUUAUAAAUGAAAACAGCCAAUAUUUGAAUUAAAUAUACCUUAACUUAUUCACUCACGCUUUGACCUAACCUGUCUAUUUUUAAUGCACUAACAUUUCCACAUUGCUUGUUCUUCACAGAGUCAUACAGUUAUGUCUCUGGCCUCCUUCCCCUGCCCCAUGUCUGAAUGUUAAAAGUUUUCCCAUUGAAUCACCCUAAAAACGUUUAUUGUAGUUUAUUGGCUGAGGGUCAUACUUCAGUUGUGUUGUUCUGACAUCACUACGUGAGAAAUACAAUCAACAUUGGAGCUGUGCUACAUUGCACUGCCAGUAUAAGUUACAUAACCAAUACUAGUUAUUGUUUUUUCCAUACACAGCUAGUGUAAAUAAAGGUGGCAGAGAAUAAUUGCUGUCCAGGGUAAAAUUAUUUGUCAAAAGUGCUCAGGCAACUUUAUGAAGUUUUAUAAAUGAUCUUAAAAGGCUUUGAAUUGAAAAAAAUGAUUAAGAAAUGGUCCAUUCAAGUGUACUGUACUCUAGGAAGAUUAUAAUCUUCUAAAAGUAUGGUUGCAUUGCAGUUAUCUAAAAUAUCCAUGCAGCCUUCUGAAAUUAGAAGGUCUUUUUGUCUUUUAAAGGCAAUUAUAGUUUUUCAUCAACAUUUAGUUGUCAUCUAAUAUUUAUGAUGAACAGCCUUCAUUCUGUUGUAGAAUUUGAUAACUCAAGCCAAGUAAUCAAAAUUGGAUGCUUUUAAGAUCCAGUGCUGCAAUUAAUCUAAGUAAUCUA